AUGCAGAUUUUCGUCAAGACCCUCACGGGGAAGACGAUCACCCUCGAGGUGGAGUCUUCCGACACCAUCGACAACGUCAAGUCCAAGAUCCAGGACAAGGAGGGCAUCCCCCCGGACCAGCAGCGCCUCAUCUUCGCCGGCAAGCAGCUCGAGGAUGGCCGCACCCUGAGCGACUACAACAUCCAGAAGGAGAGCACCCUCCACCUGGUGCUGCGCCUGCGUGGUGGUGGCAAGAAGCGCAAGAAGAAGGUCUACACCACGCCCAAGAAGAUCAAGCACAAGCGGAAGAAGACCAAGCUGGCCGUCCUCAAGUACUACAAGGUCGACAAGGACGGCAACAUUGAGCGUCUGCGCCGCGAGUGCCCCAGCGAUACCUGCGGCGCCGGUGUCUUCAUGGCCUCUAUGCCCGACCGCCAGUACUGCGGCCGGUGCCACCUCACCUACGUCUUUGACAAGCAAUAA